GCUGGUUUCUCGCCUUCAGCUGCCUCUCAGUAAAGCCACAUGACCAGGAGGAAUUUUUAGUGACUCUUUCCCUGCUGCUCUGAACAGAGGCGGAAGUGAAGGGCAUCUGAAAGCGUGAGAAGGGGUGUCUGGACAAGGUGCUGAGGAUGGCAGACAGCUCUGAUCUCUGGAUUGGCAGCGCUUAUCUAUUCCUCCAGUCGACAUCUGAGAAGAUUAUCCUGCCCUCUCUUUAUGAAAGCUCCCACCAGAAGUCCAGCGUGUUCAAGGCCCUCAAGUUGGCUUUAGCAGAUUCCACCGGCGGCCUGCACGGCGUCGACAUGCUCAAGGUGCACUGCAGUGAGCCGCACCUGAUUAUCCAGCUUAAAUUCUGCAUGCGAGAGAACUGCCGCAAAUUCCUUCGGAGCUACCGGGCCGGGUUGUUCCGGGAGUCUCUGCAGAAACACCUCCAAGUCACCCUGUCAAUGACAGCCGUACCUGUUCAAGUGGAGCUGAAGGCUGGCAGUGAGCAGCUGGACCACAUGCUGAACGAGGAGGAGCGCUGUUUGGAAUGUAUCUACAACGAAAAGCCCGACCGCCUGAGGGACGAGGAAAUUGCAGAGCUGGAGGAAUCUUUCAGGAGCCUGACUUGUCGACAGGAGAGCAACAACUCAACCCCUUCAAACAACUGCAACUCUUUGAACUCCUCAUCUCUGCCUUAUUGUUCUGGGGGGAGCUCUCUGCCCCCUGGAGCCACCUUCAUCUUUCAGGAACAACAAUUUGCCAACAGAACACUCACGCCAGAUGACCAUCAAAAAUUUGCCAAGCUCGUGUCGAAGAAAUGGAAGCAGGUGGGUAGGUCUUUGCAGAAGAACUGUCGUGCCCUUCGGGAUCCUGUCAUCGACAACUUGGCCCACGAAUAUGACCGAGAGGGAUUGUACGAGCAAGCGUACCAGCUCCUUCUCAAGUUUAUCCAGUCAGAGGGCAAGAGAGCCACGUUACAGAGGCUGAUUGCAGCCCUGGAGGAAAACAGUCUCAUAACCUUAGCAGAGGAACUCCUGGGCCUCCACCCUAGUGAAAACGACAUGUCAUAGACCAGGGAUGGAGAAGCCAGCGGAACUUGGAUCUUGCCCGUUUCAGACAGUUUCCAAGACUCUUGCCAGCAUCCCAGGAAUGCAAAGCUCAGUUAACCACCAUGGUAUCCUACUAGCGGAGAAUGCCCAAGAAAAAGCCGCUGUGCAUUUACAAAGUCAGCCUGGGUACUGAAUUACCACAGCGCUGACAUACUUCAUUGCACAUCGUUGCCAGGAGACGGUGCUGCUUACGGGCUGGGGAGAAUGGCUUCCAACUGGCUCCCGGUCACUACCCCCUGGGGCGACGUGAUGCAAUGCACCUAACAAUGCUACAGCCCAGGCCUAGGGAUUAUGCCAACAUGGUGAAUGUUAAACAGCAACUGUGGUCUCAGGAAAGUCCUUUGGGAAGCAUUCUACAGGUGCUUAGCAAUAAUUCUGCUCAUUGAAUAUAGUACACUCUUGGAGGGGUAUUCCCGCCCCCUUCAUUCUUCACAAAUAAGGACAUUUCAUGUAAACAGUAACUCCUCCACUAAAAAGCUUGUCUGCUCUUUCCUUGCUCUCCCCACCUGAAGGCAUCCUCGUUACUCUAAGAAAGUUUCAAUUCUCCAUGCUGCAAACAGCUGCAAUGGAACAAACUGCAGGUGUAAAUAAGCAGGAAGAGCAGGUGAACUCUUCUUAAAGGUGUACUGCAACGUCAAAACCAACUCAAGGCCCUACCCACGUGCUGAAUGACGCCUCUAAGCGGGACGCAAGGUCCAUUCAUCACAUCACCGGCUCUCUUUAAAAACUGUCCUUGGCGUGGCUAGAGAUGCCCCAGAAUGCAGCACUCUGGGACACCACAUACCAGGAGCGUCAGGACCUGCAUGACAUCUUUCUUUGGCAUGCUGAGAUUCUGAGACAGCCAGGAAUCAGCUGGGCCUGGGGUGCCAGGUUCACAUAUUCUGGAUUUCAAGUGUAAAGUUUGGGAAAGUACAAAAAAAGAGCUAGGGUCAACUUCUGCUCUCUGUUAGAUCAUGACAACCCCACUGGCUUCAGUAGGUGUGCCCAGGCUGCAACAAGAGCAGAAUUUGUGCCUGAGCCCAUAAGGAAAUGCACAGCAACAUAUAAGGGAGCAUAAGCAAUCACGUAUCACGUAAACGUGAUUAUCCAGCUUGCUUUCCUGCGGCAUGUUUCUUGUGGCAUCCUACCUGUGGCAUCCUGGCCGGUUUUUACUUAUCUUUAGGCCUUUCAUUGACUCCAUUUAGCCUCCCCCUCCUUUCAUGAUCAUGGAAUAGCAGAUAGUCCAUGGGGGUCAUUUCAGAUUUGGGGGGAGGGUGGAUCUGCCAGUGUGUGUACUCAUGUAAAGUUGCUUGUUCUACCUCUCAAGGGCAGUGGUUCGCCAAUGGGCAAGAGCGGAUGUCCUUUUAAACCAAAUAAUGUUUUAUCCUAUUCCUAUAAGCACUUCUGUAACCUUUGGCUGAGACAAAGAAAUUCCCUGAUAAGGAAGAGCUCAGGCCUGGGAUCCAGAUGUAGGUUCAAGUCAGAGUUCACAGGAAUACCACUCCCCACCCGCUAGAAUGAUACUGUGUUUGUCCCGGUGGUAUCCGAGUGCCUAGAACAAACUGAGCCUGACCAUUCAAUUGGAACCUGAGACAGUUUGCCUUUGGAUCUGAUUCCAAAUCCCCAAGGUCAUGUGUGUUCACGUGCAGGGUCUGUUAAUCCCAAAGAGGAUAUAUGACAUAUAAAAUUUGAAUAUGGGAUUUUAGGGUACGAUGCUGCUCCCAUUAUUUUGCAAUUGGCUUCAAAGAGAGCAGGAUUGGAACCUCAUUUUGGGCCCGUCUCCACUAAGUCAGUCAACAUUCCUGCUGGUCCCCCUUUUUUUUUUAAAUAUCUAUUUUGCAAUUGCAUUUUACAGUAAUGGUUCUUAGAAUACGAGAUGAUAUGCAUGCUGUCCUGUCACUUUUUAAUCCAACAUUCCUACGCUAUUAGUCUGUAGUCUAACUUAACUGCAUGCCCAGUCUUCUACUCAGAUCAUCGCUAGCCACCCUGGGGAGAAAAACCUGCCAACACUCUGCAGUCAAAAAUCGACCAUUCUAUUCCUCAGAGUCUGCCUUAAAGUCUUAAAUUGCUGUUGCCAUUUUACAUCCGUGGAUGGAGCACGCAUGAAUUUACCAACCCUAUGCUAUUUAUUCCUCUGCCAGUGCUAGUCAUGUUUGUUCCCUCUUACUCACAGAUUUCCUCUCAAAAGUGCAUUAAGUGUUCGAGUUCUUGGCAGCGCAUAUACGAUAACAUCAUUUUUAAUAGCAUUCACAGGUGUCCUCUUUCAGAGAGGUGAAGUAAGAGGGUUUUCCAGUGGCAUGACAUAAUGGUGCUGUCAGGAUUAUGCACAGUGGGUUAGGAUCACUGGGAAUGGCUGUAUGUCCUAGCAUCUUUUCAUCAAUCAUUCCUUCUAGAAUCAGCUGCCAUGCCCUAGAUAUGGUGAAUUCUGGCCUCAAACCAACACCUGCUUAACCUCCUAUCCCACAGCUGUUCUGACCAUGUGACUUUUAGUAUCAUCUAGCACUUUAAGCCAAAUUCAGACCUAGUGUCAGCAGGUGUAACUAUCAUGGAAGUCUCUGGGACAAAUUCAGCAUGUGAUGUAAUGGUACAGAGUAAGCUGCAUUAAUUUGGCAUUGAAUAGCGGUCCAGUUCUGCUCUCACCUCUGUUCUAUACCCGUGUGACUUCUCUGAAGUCUGUGGAAUUACUCCUGAUUUACACAGAUGUGCCAAAAGAGUGUAACUGACACAAUGAAGGGGAAGAAGAGGAGGUGGCAGAAGGAAAAGAAAUUAACAAAAAUGUGUAGAAUACAAGAGUGGGGCUGCUUUACCUCACUCUACAGUAUGAUGAGUGGAACUGGAGGAAGAGGGUCAGGUUUCAGGAGGGACCUAGUUUGGUGAGGCUCCAGGGCAUCAGCCAUAUAAGCUGGGACCAGGCUCCUAUACACACACACAGUAGAUCCUCAGCAUGCAAGGCUGGCCUGUCAGCAAAGGUAGUAAAGUUCUGUUUCCUGUAACUCUGCCUGUCUGCCAUGUCACUUAUUGCUAAUGAGGCACACAUCUUCCUGCAAGUUGUUUUUCCUGGUUAACUUCCUUCUUCUCCUUUGGUGUGGUAGGUACACACAUUUUUUUGCACACACUUAAAUACCAAAUAGGCACAAGUGGGAUGCUUCUUUACCACUUACACCAGUCAUCUAAUGCCCACUUGUGCAGUGUACACCAUGGUUUGCAUCACUACUGAAUUUUUCUCUGCACCUUGACACUGGUCCUAUAUCAAUGGGAAUCUGUGAAGACAUACCUGUGGUUUCCUUCAAGGUCAAACGUGCUAUUAUUUUGAAUGCCACAGAAUGUUAAACAAAUAAAUCAGUUACACAAAAACAAAAUAAAUGGGCAAAAUAUUAAGCAAACAACAGAGAUGAGGCCAAAGUAAAUUCACAGGGGAAACUCCAAUAGGGCUUUUUUUUGUGAUACAGAUUGUUUUUGUAGUGUUUGCAAUGUCUCAGAUUUGAAACAGGCUCUUUUCAGUCUGGCAGAGGGAAGAAGAGAUUGAUCCAAACAGGGCUUUAAAUGCCUUGUUUUGGCAUAGCUGAGCGAAAGCGUUUACAUGGCUGUUAAAAGAGGAGGAUGAAGUUUUAAAUGGCCACCACGUCCACUUUGGCAUAAAAACAUAACUAGAUUUAUAUGCAGUGUUGUUGUAGCCAUGUGGGUCUCAGGAUAUUGGACAAGGAGGGUGAGGUAAUAUCUUUCAUUGAUAUUACCUCACCCUCUUGUCUAAACUAGAUUUAUGACUUAAGUAAAUCCAACUUUGUUUAAAGGUGUAAUGAAAGAGGAUAUCAAUUGGAGAGACAAGGUGGAUGAGGUAAUAUCUUUUACUGGACCUGCUCCUGGUGAAAGAGACAAGCUUUCAAGCUUACAGAGAUCUGAAAAAGAGCUUAAUGUAAGCUCAAAAGAUUGUCUCUCUAAUGUUCUGGGACCUACACAGCUACAACACCACUGCAAAUAUCAAAUUGGUCAUCAGAGGUGUGAUUUUCAGAAAUCAGUGAGAGUUUGGCAUUCAACAGUGCUGAAAAAAUCACACCCUAGAUUAAUUCUUCCACUUGAAGGAGAACUGACACUACGGUGGAUGCUUUAGAAACCAUGGUAGAUGACAGAAAGAUACCCCAUUCCAGCUUCAGUCCAAACCCAUGCCACAUACUCAUGAUGGACUGAUUUAUAAUCCAAGAGCUGCGAACAAUUCCAAGAAUAAUGAAAAGUUUUCAGUAUUGCCAGUCACAAGUGUUCAGAAAUCAUGAGAUUUAAAAAAUAAUAAAUUUGGAGUUCUUUUUAUUUGCUAUCUGGUAUGUGCAUUUUUAGGGUUUUACAUUUUCAACCUUAUCUCUGCAGUCAUGAGGGCUAGAAACUUAAGGUUUGGAGGGUUUGGUUUUUUUUAAUGUAUGCUGAAAUUCUGGUAUAGUCACAUGAUUCCGGGGGCUGGGGCUUUAAGAAAAACACCAAUAUGAGAUUUGUGACAAAAAUGAGAGAGUUGGCAACACUGGGUUUUAUAGCCAGGGAGUCUCAGAACCAUGUCAAAAUAACCCAGAAGUCAGAGAAAAACAUGGCUGAGAACAAGACAUAUCUUGCACCGUUACUGAGAGGUAGGGUUAGAGUUGCAGGCUUAUUCAAACAAUAAAAAUCAAAAUGCUCAGAUUUUGAGCUACCAAGAGCUGAGGCCCUGUUAGAAAGAGAUGAGGGGAUGAUCUCUUAGACAUUACCUGCGCCUCUCGCCUCAGCAUUAGGCGACAGAAAUUGGAAGGGUCACCUUGAGAUGCCGUGGGCCUCCUUGCUAGGAUGGACAAGUCUUUCUCCAGCUUCAAAGGGGAGCCCAGAAUAUUUGAGCCUCAAUCCCCACCCCAUCCACACCCUCACACACAUUUCACUUAAAAUCUGAAUAAAAAACAUAGAUACCAUGCACGUGGCAAUGAAAAGCAUUUGAAUGCUCUCAAACCGCUUGUUUACUUGGAUUAGAAACUCUCUUACAAAAAGAAAAGGAGGACUUGUGGCACCUUAGAGACUAACAAAUUUAUUUGAGCAUAAGCUUUCGUGAGCUACAUCCGAUGAAGUGAGCUGUAGCUCACGAAAGCUUAUGCUCAAAUAAAUUUUAGUCUCUGAGGUGCCACAAGUCCUCCUUUUCUUUUCGCGAAUACAGACUAACACGGCUGCUACUCUGAAACCUCUCUUAUAAAAAUGUGUCUUUGAAAGGAUCAUAAUGUUUUGUGCCUCAAGCCACUGAGACAUUAGAAAGACACUGGAAAGGGAAAGAACAGGGUUUCUUCACCACGAGCCAGGCCCUCAGAGGUUAUGACUUCAGUGGAGCUACUGCUUUAGGAUCUGGCCCUGUGUCUUUUGUUUAAAAAUGGGCCCAAAUUUUGGGUAAGUUCAGGUCUGAAUCCAAGCUUUGUAGGUUUUCCCUGUCUCUACUAAGGGCUAAACCAUGGUUGAGGUUUCCAAGCCAACUAGGGGAAUGAGCCACGCAACAGUUAGUCAUUUCAAUAAGAGCUGUGUGGCUCAAUCCCCUAGUCAGGUUUGAAAAUCUCAAGCUGAAACUCCAGCUAUGGACUCCCUGGAAGUUCAGCUCCAGAUCAACAGUUUGCAGCUCCAGUGCUGAGGGAUUUCAGCGCUGGAGCAUGUGCACCCAAUUUACAGCAUUUAACCUCAAUAGUAUUUGUCUUUUAUAUCAGAAAGCAUUUUGUUCUGUUUUUUCUGACUUCUUCUAUAAAGAAACAUGUAUUUUUGGUGAAUAUUGAUAUAUCAGAUCAUAUUUUUACAAUGUCUUUAGAAAGCGAAAUAAAUUAGUUUGGCUUUCUUUGCCUCA